AUGGCUAGUUCAACAAACCUCUCCACCUCUUGGACAUUUUUGGUUUCCAUUUUGCUUCUGUCUGGUUUCCUACAUUUGACAGAUGCGCAGACUCCUCCAGCAGGAUGUGGAAACAUCAACUCAAUAUAUUACUAUUUAUGUGACCUUUCCUCUGUAUGGGGUAUUGUUCUAGAAGCUAUUACCAGUGCUGGCAUUGUGGCCUCGUUCAUCCUAACCAUUGUUCUGUUAGCCAGCAUCCCAUUUAUCCAGGACAAGAGGAAGAAAAGCAUGCUGGGAACUCAGGUGUUCUUCCUUAUCGGCACCUUUGGCCUCUUCUGUUUGGUCUUUGAUAUGAUAGUCCAAAAAUACUUCUCCACUUGUGCGUCAAGGAGGUUCCUCUUUGGAGUGCUCUUUGGCAUCUGCUUCUCAUGUUUGUGGGCGCACGCAAUUAACCUCAACUACCUGGUGAGAAGGAACAAGGGGCCGAGCGGCUGGACCAUUUUCGGCAUUGCUUUGGCCCUUUCUCUCGUAGAAGUCAUCAUUAACACCGAAUGGCUCAUUGUCACCAUUGUACGGACAACGGGCACCCCAGGAGCUCCAUGUGCCAUUGAAAACCAGGAUUUCGUCAUGGCUCUGAUUUACGUCAUGUUCCUCAUUGUGGCCGGAUUUGUGACCUGCUGGCCGGCACUGAGCGGGCGAUACGGCCACUGGAAGAAGCAUUCGGCUUUCAUCAUCAUCACCCUUUUUGUCUCUCUGCCUGCAUUUGGAUCGUUUGGAUUGUUAUGUACGUUUAUGGAAACAUCCAGGUUGGAGACCCAGUGUACUGGGAUGACCCAACGUUGGCCAUCGCUCUUGUAUCCAACGCCUGGGCCUUCAUCUUCCUCUACAUUAUUCCCGAGAUCUCUCAGCUGA